AUGCCUCUACUGCCAGCGCGGCGGAAUUCGCUGUGUCUCAUUUGCUCUUUCGCCGCCCGCUCACGAUCGCAUCCCCCACGCCUCCUACCACGCAUCCAGGCCGCGCAACGAUCACAACGCUCGGACAGCAAGCCCUUGUCGUUCAAUCCGCUCAAGCAAAAUAACCCAUUCCGAUCAGGAGCCCAUCGUUCCAUCAGUCCUUCGUUUGACAUAGUCCGGGCCAAACUCGACAUAAUACGGCGGGAAUUCGUGAAGCCAGAGUUCCUCGACAGUCUUCAAUUAAGCGCCAAGGAGUUCGACGAGGAAUGGCUCACCUUCGAGCGGUCCAUCAGCCUAUGGAUCAAGCAGGCGCCGCCAGAGUUGGUGUCUCUGGUAGGUGAGGCCAAACGGAGAAAGGCUACGCUCGAGACGAGGCUGCGAUACAUGUUCUAUGCGCAGGCCUGUGGCGGACGCUUCACGACGGCAGAGUUGGAGCACCAGAAGGAAGUGGCGGAUUUGCGCUAUCCCGCCGAGUGGUACCCGGCGACACGAGAAAUCACUCGCACAAUACACAUGCAUGUUGGGCCGACCAAUUCUGGAAAGACCUACCACGCCUUGAAGCGCCUUGAACAAGUCGACUCGGGCAUCUACCUCGGCCCACUACGUCUCCUCGCCCAUGAAGUCUACACGCGCCUGAAUGCAAAGGGAAAGCCAUGCGCUUUGGUUACCGGAGAGGAGCAACGCAUGCCCGACGACACUCGCGCCAACAUGUACAGCUGCACUGUCGAGAUGGCUCCGCUCAACACCAAGUUUGACGUAGCUGUCAUCGACGAGAUCCAGAUGAUUAGCCAUAAAGAGCGAGGGUGGGCGUGGACACAGGCAUUCCUGGGCUUGCAAGCCAAGGAGAUCCAUCUUUGUGGAGAAGCCCGGACGGUGCCGCUGAUGCGCGAGCUCUGUGCCCUCGUUGGCGACAAGGUACAUGUACACGAGUACGAGCGUCUGACGCCACUCGAAGUGCAAAGUCAAAGUCUGAGGGGAAAUCUCAACAAGCUCGAGAAGGGUGAUUGCAUCGUCGCCUUUACCGUCCUGGGUAUCCAUGCGUUGCGCUCAGAGGUUGAGAAGAAGACGGGGAAGAAAUGCGCCAUAGUAUACGGAAGCUUGCCGCCCGAGACAAGAGCCCAACAGGCACGCUUGUUCAACGACCCGGACAACGACUACGAUUUCCUAGUAGCUAGUGACGCCAUCGGCAUGGGCCUCAAUCUUGCUAUCAAGCGCGUCAUAUUUGAAUCUACCGUCAAAAGCAAUGGUUUGGCAUAUGUGCCCUUGCAGAUAUCCGAGAUCAAGCAGAUUGCGGGUCGUGCUGGCCGCUACAAGACCGCUCACCAAGCAACCACUACUGAUUCGGAGCAGACCUCGAUUGCUGACAGGGCUGUCGACCCCGCCAUCGGCCUGGAUGACAAGCAACCGGAUGCCGUCGAGGCAAAGAGGCCUGAAGCGAAGACUGCAGGAUGGGUCACUACACUGGACCACGUCGACCUCGCCAACUUGAAGCUGGGCAUGAAACGCGAACCCGAGCAGAUCAAUUCAGCUGGCCUCUUUCCUCCGUCUCUCAUCGUUGAGCGAUUCGCAAACUACUUCCCUCCAGGCACGCCUUUCAGCUACAUAAUGCUACGUCUACAUGAAUUUUCCGAGAUACACCCUCGAUUCCACCUCUGUGAGCUCAAGGAUCAGCUGGCGAUUGCCGAUAACAUCCAUACUGUGAAAGGUCUGAGCAUCCAAGAUCGUAUCAUAAUCUGCGCCGCGCCUAUCAGCAUGCGCGACCCGCAUGAAAGAAAAUUCCUUCGCCAGCUAGCUGCAUGUAUCGCAGAAGGCAAAUCAGGUAGUCUGUUGGACCUUGACACUCUUCCCCUCGGAACGAUGGACUUGCCUCCUUCCGGCGACCGCUCAUACCUUUAUCAACUGGAGCAGCUUCACAAAAUGAUAGUGUGCUAUCUAUGGUUGAGCUACCGGUUCCCCAAUGUCUUCACCACUAGGUCUCUUGCCAACUACACAAAGAAGCUUGUUGAAGAUCAAAUCGAAAAGACGCUGAAUGACUUUUCUUUCAUCGAGCAGGCGAGACUACGGAUGAAUGCAAUGAGAGGACAAGCAAGAAAGGCCAUGGCCGCGGAGCCUGAGGAUGAGGACGAAGUGGACGGGCCCGCAGUAGCAACGUUGAAGCAACAAAUUGCUGCGAAUAGAUACCCAGAUAACUUGCUGGCCAGCAAGUUGGACUCGCUCGCAGCCGAACACGAGAAACGCAAUUCGAAGCUCUCGGACGAAGUCGACGAACUGUUGCAAGGUCGCACGCCGGACGAAGCAAGCCGGCACGAUGUCAUACAAACUAGUCACUAG